CCGAGCCGCUGGAGGUGCCUUCGCCUCUCCUGCCGGGCGAGCAUCUUGGGCGGCUGGGCCACCAGCACUUCGGCAAGCCCCGUCGCAGGUCGGCAGAGCCCGAAGCCUCUCCGAGAAACCCCUCGCCUCUUCUGUCUCCGUUGGACUGGAAGAAUGAGGAUACUUCACUGUCUCUAAAUUUGCAUGUUUCACCAUAAUGGGAAACAAAAAUUCCAAAAGAGCCUCUUCUUUUUCUCGAAGGAACAGCAUGAAGGACAAUUAUACAAAUAAAUGUCAAGAAGAUUUGAAGAAAAAGCCAAAAUUAUGUGAUAUGUCAUUGGGCACAGAAACCAAUUGCCAUAUCAGUAUCCAAGAACCUCAAAGCAUUGAUGAAGAUGUUGGGGAUAUAUUUUAUAGGUUUGUGAUUCUUCAUGCUGAUGACGAUGUAGAGGAAGCCGUUAGGAUCCAAGACAUACUACAAAAUGAGUUUUAUAUUAAACCAGGAAUAAUCUUUGCUGAAAUGCCUGGUGGUAAGCAUCUGCUAGAAAAUUUAAAUGACGCUUUGAGCAGUUCUGCAUGGACAAUUCUUUUGUUAACUGAAAACUUCUUAAAUGAGCUUUGGUAUGAAUUUCAGUCAUACACAUCUUUGUUCGGUGCACUGACCUUACCGAACAAACAAAACACAGUCAUCCCAAUGAGGCCGAGGAAUAACCCACUCCCCUGGGAGAGGACACCUUUCAUUCUCCGGUCCAUCAAUGCUCUGCAGGAAGAUAGCCCUGGAUUUGCCAAACAAGUGAAGAAAAUCUUCCAGGAAACUAGAUAUAAGCAACAGAAGGCAACAUGGGCAUGCAGAAAGAAGAAUCAAGAGGCAUCAGAACUGUUUGGUUGGUGAAUAUAUGGCGACAGUUCCAGUGAAAUUGCUUUAUUUGAGCAGAGAGGCUGUAAUAUCCUAGUUUCUCCCUGCUUUAUUAAUCAUAUCCCAGAUGCUCCAGACAGCUGCUUGGGUGGGAAUUUAUUCUUCAAAUGAGUAAUGCUGAGUAUUAACAUCCGAAAUGCCACUGUUCUCAUAUUGUCAUUCUACCCUUCUAAAUAUUAAGAGCUUAUUUCUUGAUAUUCUGGCUCAUGGUGUACAGAAGGUCCCAGGUCAAAUUCCUGGCAUCUCCAGUUAAAGACACUUUGGAUACAGGGCUGGAAAGAUGUUGGGGAAGUGGUGAAAGGCAGAAGAGAAAAUACUGGGCCAGAUAGAUGAAUAGCAAAGUACUGGACUAGAUAGAAAAGCAGUCUGAUUAAUACAGUCUUUGGGCCUGAUCACACUUGCGCAUUUAUUCACUUUAAAUCCGGGUUCUACCUCCUGCAGAAUUCUGGGGUUUGUAGUAUGGUGAGGCCCAGGGCCUGUCUGGCUGAUCCGCUUAAAGGCCCCUCCCUAAAGUGGAUUUAAAGUGGAUCCAAACUCUAGUGCAGUGAUUUCCAAAAUGGGCGCUACCGCCCCCUGGUGGGUGCUGCAGCAAUCCAGGGGGGCGGUGAUGGCACCUAUUAGGAGAUGGGGUGGGGCCAAGGGAGGGGUGGGGCCUCUUCCCAAGUGCUGGAGACAGGGCUGAGCACCUGAGGUGCCCGUUAGGACACAGGGGGCAGAGCUAGAGGAGUGGGCGUGGCUUCUUCCCAAGAGUCCGAGACAGGGCUGAGAAUCUACCUCUCCCGGGAGGCCUUUUAGGACUAAAGGGCGGGGCUAGGGGUGGGGGAGGGGCCUCUUCCCAAGAGUGUGAGACAGGGCUGAGCCUCUGUAUACCUCCCCUGAGGCUCUUGUUAGAACACGGGAGCGGGAUAUAGAGGUUCAGCCCUGUCAGGCACUUGGGAAGAGGCCCCACCCCCUCCUCUAGCCCCACCCCCUGUGUCCUGGCAGGUGCCGCAGGGCAGGGAUAGAAGCUCAGCCCUGCCUCAGAGCUCGUAACUCUGCCCAUCCCAGUUCUGGCCGCCCAUUUAUGGACCCACCCACUUCCCCCUCCCAGCCCUGCAUCUUGGACUAGGGGAGAGGCUCCGCCCCGCCCACUCCUCUAAGCCACGCCCCCCCUUUCCAGGGGGCGCUGAGUAAUAUUUUUUCUGGAAAGGGGGCGGUAGGCCAAAUAAGUUUGGGAACCACUGCUCUAGUGUGAUGAAGUGGUUUUGUUAUCCAGAUGUCCAAAAACAUCCACAGCCAGAUACCGUUUGCUGCCAAUCAAAAUGGUAGCGCAUGCACUGGUAACCUUAAGGUUAGACUUUUGCAAUGCGCUGUAGAGUGGGGCUACCUUUGUACCAAAUUUAGAAACUCCAACGAGUCCAAAAUAUGGAAGUCAGAUGAGUUACAGGUACACCCAGGAGUGAGCAUAUCACAGUUGUAUUAAGAUCACUCCACUGGCUGCCAGUUACAACCUCGUCACACUUAGCUUUUUUUGGCGGCAGCGACGGGAGUUUACAAUUUCAACUACAGAGCCCAAUGGCUCCCAUCACACCCCAGAGAACAAACUCCGGAGUGGUUUUGGGGUUGAAAUUGAAACCCCAGUCACUGAAAAAAGGUAAGUGUGAAGGGGAGAACAAUGGUAGUCUUUCCAUAAGAAAAGAUGGGUCAAGCCACCAAAAAAAGGCUUCCCCCCAUGUGAUGGGGCAGUGGGAGGCCACAACUGAGUAUGGCGUGGGACGACAGGUCCUCAUACCCCCUGUGUAACCGCAGCCGAGAUGUAGUUCCAGUAGCAUGUCUGACAAGGUCCUUAGUUUCUGGGCAAAGUAAAGAGUCUUGGUUAUUAACUGUAAAGUCCUACACAGAUGGUGUCCAGGUUAUCUGCCUUCUCCCAUACAAUCCACCCCAUAUAAACUUGGGUCCUUUAGGAACAUUUAUUUCAACCAGACAGAACCCAACUGACAAUUGUCACCCAGAGGAAUGGCCAGCUGGAAGAGAUUUAACAGCUAAACACACUGUCAGGAUUUUUAAAACUAAAAUAAAAUAAAAUAAACAUCUAUCUCUUACAGCAGGCUAAUCCGAUUAGUUUUUAAGUAUGCAUUUUAAACUGACAUUUUAUUGGUUUGAAUUAUUUUAAUGUGUAUUUUAAUCUAUAUGUUUUAAUCUAUAUUUUUGUCUAUAUUGUAUUUUAAUUAUGUUGUAACCCGCCUUGAGCUUUGGGGAGAGGUGGGUAAGGAUUAAUAUGUGUCUGUUCAUUAUAGCAUUACUAAUUAUUUGCAGUCAUCAGGUUACCUUGAUCUUGCAGAGGUUUACAGAAGCAGAGGGCAUUAGUUCUGCAUUUGGCUUCAAACAUCUGAGGCACUUGCCAUCUUUUUUGUGUGUGUGUGUGUGCAUGUGUCAGAAGCAACUUGAGAAACUGCAAGUCACUUCUGGUGUGAGAUAAUUGGCUGUCUACAAGGACGUUGCCUAAGGGAUGUUUUGAUCAUCCUUGUGGAAGGCUUCUCUCAUGUCCCCGCAUGGGGAGCUGGAGCUGACAGAGGGAGCUCAUCCGCACUCUCCCUGGGUUGGAUUCAAACUGGUAACCUUUAGGUCAGCAACCCAAACUUCAAGUCAUCAGUCCUGCCAGCACAAGGGUUUAACCCACUGCGCCACUGGGGGCUGCGCCUUGUUAUGGUACAAGAGGAGAACCAAGGCUUUCCUGUUAAAGAUUCCUGUAUCUUCAAACACAGUUGGAAUUGUGAUGGUCCCCCCCGUCCCUCCCUUUGGUUGUUCAUUCAAUGCCAUCAUGGCUCAGACUGACUCUAUCAAAUUCCAAGGCUUUCCACUGGACUGGCCAAGCUUCAAUGUGUAUUGUUAAAGAAACUGAGUGGGAUUGUAAAGAUGGGACUAUGAAGCCGUGUAGCCAACAAGUGGUGACUCAUUUAAUUAAAAGCCCCUUGGUAGUGCUGUUUGCAUUUUCUUUUGAUUUUACACAGUGUCUUAAAGCAGUCACCAACAGGUUUGAUAACUACCACAGUCAUUUUAUAUGAAGAUUUUGUUUGACCACAGAGUUUUCCUCUUGUUUUGUGCUUAUAAAUUACAGACUGGCUGUAUUUCAGAAGUCUUGCAAGGUGUGCCUGCCGCCCAAGUCAAAUAACAAUUUUCCUUGUGAUGAUAGUGACAACAGAUUGCCUCAUUCUUACCCAAUGAUGACGCCUGUCUCUUUUUGACCCCUAAGAUAUCAGUAGCUGACAAUAUACUGUAUCGGUGCAGCAGCUGCUCUUUUUUUUCUCCUAGUCACUUCAGACCUUGUCGAUGCUGCUCAUGUUGUUAAAGACUUUAAUACUACCAGAACUUAAAAAGAAGAAAAACUUUCUUGCUUUGAUUGGUUGGACUCACUUCUUUCAAAUAAUAAAUUAUAGGGUUGUUGUAGCAUGAACAUAAAAUGGUAGAUGUGUUAGUCCAUUAUAAUGGAGGGCAUUGCUAUCCAUGUUUCAACCCUGUUGCCAAUAUCUGAAACUGAAGUGGAGAUUUUAUAUCUCUCUAUUCUCACAGCUACUUUACAAGCAAGUAGAUAUUUAGCAACUUGGUUUUUCAGUAUAUGUAAAUAGUAGGGCCACCAGCUUUUAAUUACUACAGCUUGGCUUGAUUAAUGAAGGUCAACUUUUAAUUGAGGACACUACAAAUUAAUCACAUAUUUACCAGGUUGACAUUAUUUUGUUUCUCAUUUGUUACUGCAGUGAAUGGGAGGAAAGUUACUCAUGGCCUUGUCUAACCCUAAGUGCUAACUUCUCUUAUUAAAAUGUAAAUAUAUUCCUCCAACAUCCUUGCAAAAGCAGCAAGGAAGUUUUGAUAAUGUGUAAAUUUAUUCUUGCCUUUAUAAGGAUGGGUUCUUUGGGUUUACAUUUAUUAUGUACUUUUAAUGCUGUAUUUUUAAUCUAUUUAAUUUUCAGAUAUGUGUAAAUUAUGUUGGGAAAUAAUACUUAUUUGAAUGGGCAGCUUUAUUUUUUAAUGAAAUGAAAAAAAAACUUAGCAGAGUAAUCUAAAGUUAAUCCAUUAAAUAAAUUUUAAUCAGG